ACAUCGAGUCGAGUUCUCCCUCUCCCUCUCCCUCUCUCUCUCUCUCUCUCUCUACCUGGCCAUGACUCCAAGCGACGCUCCCGGUGGCUGCCCUCGCGUGGUCCUAUUCCCCCUCCCCUACCAGGGCCACAUCGAACCCAUGCUCCGGCUCGCAGCGGCGUUCCACGCCCGUGGCCUCGCCAUCACCGUCGUGCACACCGAGACCCGCGCGCCGGACCGCCGGAAGCUGCCCGUGGACUACGACUUCGUGUCCAUCAGGGACGGCGUCCCGCCGGAGCUCGCCGAGUCGAGCGACGUUGCGCCGUUCGUCCUCACGCUGAACAGGAGCUGCGCUGCGCCGUUCAGGGAGUACCUCGCCGGCGCGCGCGACGUCGUCUGCGUGGUCGCCGAUGUGGACUGGUUCGCGCCGCUUGGCGUUGCGAGGGAGCUCGGCGUUAAGGCGCUCCCUCUGAUGACCAGCAGCGCGGCCAAGUUCAGGAUGUACUUGGCGUUCCCGCUUCUGGAGGAGAAAGGCUAUUUGCCCAUCCGAGAGUCGAAUUUGGACACGGACGUCAAGGAGCUCCCUCCUUUGCUCGUAAGGGACUUGCAUCAUGAGAGGGACGCCACUCGGUACCGCGCCUACGCAGACCUGCUCACUCACAUGGUUGCUGGAGUACGACAGUCAUCAGGCCUCAUACUCAACACGCUAGAUGCCAUCGAGGGCACGGACAUUUCCAACAUCUACCAGGACAUCGUUGUCCCAGUGUUCGCCGUCGGCCCCCUCCACAUCCUCUCACCGUCCGUGGACAGCAGCUUGCUGCUCCAGGACCGAAGCUGCAUCGAAUGGCUGGAUGCGCAGCCACCAAGCUCCGUGAUAUACGUCAGCUUCGGGAGCUUGGUGUCCAUCGAUGCGCACGAGCUCACGGAGAUGGCCUGGGGACUGGCUGGCAGCAAGCGCUCCUUCCUGUGGGUGGUCCGCCCGAGGCUGGUGCGUGGAUGCGAGUCCAGCGAGCUUCCUGCUGAGCUGCGGGAGGAGGUACGGGGCAGAGGGCGGAUCGUGAGCUGGGCUCCGCAGCAGGAGGUGCUGAAGCACCCCGCGGUGGGGGCCUUUCUGACGCACUGCGGGUGGAACUCGACGCUGGAGAGCAUACUGGGAGGCGUGCCGAUGAUAUGCAGGCCACUGGGGGGAGACCAGCUGUGCAACGCCAGGUACGUGUGCCAAGUGUGGAAGGUUGGGGUCAGAUUGGUGGAGGUGGAGAACCAGCUGACGAGAGGGGACGUCCAGUUGGGUGUAGAGAGACUGAUGGGCCGAGAGGAAGGAGACAGGAUUAGAGAAAGGAUUAGAGAUUUGAGGGAUGCAGCAGUGAAAUGCACUUCCAAAGGUGGAUCUACCGAUGCAUCCUUGCAACGUCUAGUGGAUUUCAUUGUCUCACCGUAGUGUGUACUUUUGCAUACUUUAUGAUAUAUGUAUGAGGAUGAUAGGAACUUAAUUGUUUUUGCUCCUUGUUCGUGAGCAUCAUUCCUGUCAGAGUAAUAUUAUUGAACAUUUUAAGAUUUACAUUUUAUUUGAUUUCAAGUGAU